AUGACUGACUACGGAGACGAGUGGUCCACCACCUACGACACAUACGAUACCUCAGGAUCAGUGUAUGACCGCUCAGGCACAAGAUAUAAUGCAUUGGAUUCAACCUAUGACUCCUCGGGUGACAAUACCUACAGCGCAACCGACUAUGUCGCAGUGGGCUACGGUGCGAGCCCGACUAGCACAACAUACGACACCACCUACGACACCGGCUACGGCAAUACAACCUAUGAUCCGCGCAGCGGUGCCUACGAUCAGCAUCUCGACUACCGCACUCCCACCGGGCGCCGGCACCACCGCGAGCGAGUUGAUCAGAGCGGCACCUACCGCCAUCGCGACGUUGACCGAUACGAUGAUGGAUCCACUCGCGUCCAUAAGGAAUACGACAAUCCCAACACUGGGACUAGUUACCAUCGCGACUAUGAAAAAUAA